AUGGUGACUGCCCUGCAAGACGAAAAAGCGACGGCGUUAUCUCCUCGCCAUGACGCCGAAACAGCCUUGGACGCGACGUCCACCGACAAAGAUAUAGCAAUCAACCUCGUCGGUGAACGCGCCCAAGACAUCGACCCUGAGAUUGAAGCAAAAGUUCUCCGAAAGAUCGACUGGUUUCUCAUCCCCGCCAUGAUCGUGGGCUAUGGUCUGGUAUACUACGACAAAGCGAUCCUUGGUUCCGCCGCCCUCUUCGGCAUGACAACCGACCUACAUCUCACCCAAACCCUCUCCCCUGCUACACCAACUUCCCCAGCAGUAAUCUCCACGACACGUCUCUCAUGGGCCACCUCAUUGUUCUACUUCGGCAUGCUCGCAGGACUCUAUCCACUAACAUUCGCCCUCCAGCGUUUCAACCUAGGCCGUAUCCUUGGUGCUGUCGUCUUACUCUGGAGUCUGAUCUGCAUGUUAACAGCUGCUGUUACAGACUACAAGGGAUUGUACGUCCAGCGUUUCUUCCUGGGUUUCGUGGAGAGUAUCAUCCCAACUGGCUUUAUGACAAUAGUGAGCAGCUACUAUACGCAGCGCGAACAGUCCGUACGCCAGUCCUGGUGGUUCAGUUCCACCGGUCUCUUCACCAUCAUCGGCGGCGCGUUGAACUACGGGUUCGCACAAAUCACGUCCGGCGCGCUAAGACGCUGGCAGUACAUCUACCUCCUCGCCGGCUGCCUAACCUUCCUCUUCGGCUGUUUCUGCUUCUUCAUCCCAAAUUCCUGUGCCGAAGCGUGGUUUCUGACGAAGAACGAACGAGUCGUCGCUGUUGAGCGGCUGAGGAAGGGUGCGACGGGUGUGCGGUGCCAGAAGAUUAAGAUGUAUCAACUCAGGGAAUGCGUUAUGGAUGUGAAGUUCUACCUCGUAUUCCUACUCAUGGGUAGCGCAUAUACCGUCAACGGCGCAGUCUCCGGGUUCGGCCCACUCAUCGUGAACACGUUCGGUUGGUCGCCUCUCGCAUCUAUACUCUGGCAGUUCCCGCUCGGGCUGAUCUGUCUCGUUACGAUUCUCCUCUGCGGCUAUCUCUCCUCGCGUAUACCCAACAUACGAAUCAUUCUGCUCAUAGUAAACUGCCUCCCCGUCAUCGCCGGCUGCGCGAUGAUCUGGAAGUCGGAGUGGACAUACCACGCACCCACCCCCGUAGCCGGAUACUCCAUAAUCGGCACUUUCGGUGCAGUCGUCAGCCAGACGAUCGUCAUAGCCAUGUCCAACGUCAGCGGCGCAACAAAGAAGAGUGCGAUGGCUGGCACAGUCUUCGUCGCAUACUGCGUCGGCAACAUCGUCGGUCCACUGCUGAUCAGGAGUCAAGAGAAGGGUGCGCAUUAUCCUAGGCUAUGGACGGGCCUGAUCAUCUGUUAUUGUAUCACGAUAGCGUCUGCGGUAGCGCUAUACGCCGUACUGAAGAGGGAGAACAAGAGGAGAGAGACGAUGAGCGUGGACGAGGAAGAAAGGGAUAAGAUGGCGUUUAUGGAUUUGACGGAUGGUGAGAAUAUGUAUUUUAGAUAUGUAUUGUAG